AUGUCCCCGUUCAGUCAAGGCUCAUCUACAAAUGCCAUCGUCAAUGGCAGUGGAAGGCUCUCGUUGCUGUCGCCUUACAAGCCAACCGGCUCGGAACUGGGCGACGGUGUGGACACGAAUACCAAUGCACUUCCCCAUCCUCCCCCCAACCAUAUUCCAGCAUGGAAUCCUCAAAAGCCUACUUUGACUCCAGGACUCGACACGGGGUCGCAAAGUACUGAUGAUGUUUCUCGUGACCUGGAUACAGACACGGUUCACGGUACGCCAAAUGACUCAGCCACGACGGCUUCAUUUCUAUCCACGGCCAGUCACAAAAAGUCGACGUCGCCGUUGGCCACUCUAAAUGCACUUUCUUCGUUCUCUUCCGCUGCAGACCCCAAAGAAACUGAGAGUAGACCCCACUCUCCCAGAUACCGGCCCAAAUCCUCUAUCCCGUCGAGGCUCCCCGCCGGCGUUUACGCUCAGCAGUGCAUUGCGGCCGCAUAUGCCUCUCGACUCAACCCAUAUGCUCUCCAUAAAAAGGAACAAGAGGCGUUGCAGGAUCAUCUUUGUCACCUGCACGUCACCGUGUAUCUGAAUAUUCGAAAUGGUAUUCUCCGACUGUGGACACGAAACCCAAUGGUGAGCGUUACCAAAGAGGAGGCGCUAGGCUGCGCAAAGGACUAUCGAUGGAUGAACCUCGCCUCCUUUGUGUAUGAAUGGUUAAUCCGGAACGGAUACAUCAAUUUUGGCUGUGUCGAGAUCCCAACUGCCCUGGUGUCCAGCAAGAAAGGCCGCCGGAGGGAUGGUCCCGUUAUUGUCGUAAUUGGAGCAGGAAUGGCAGGUCUAGGCUGCGCACGCCAGCUGGAGGGCCUCUUUCAGCAUUAUCACGAUCAGGCCGCUUCGCCCCGUGUUGUUGUCUUAGAGGGAAGACGCAGGAUUGGAGGACGUAUCUAUUCUCACCCCCUGCAGAGCCUUCGCUCGUCCAAACUACCCCCUGGGCUUGUCCCCAAGGCGGAGAUGGGGGCGCACAUCGUUGUGGGCUUCGAUCAUGGCAACCCGUUAGAUCAGAUCAUUCGAGGCCAGCUGGCACUUUCGUACCACCUAUUACGCGAUAUCUCAACCAUUUAUGACAUAGACGGCUCUCCGGUGGAUGAACUACGGGACGCGAUGGAUGAAAGGCUCUAUAAUGAUGUUCUGGACCGGUCGGGAUUCUAUCGACAUAAAUCCGUCAUUGUUCCUACCGCAGAGGGGAACCGAGAAUUCAUCGACUCUGGCCGAGACGUGUCAACGAGCGACGGUCUCACAGUAAGGCAGUACGAGGAAGCAAGGGCAUCUGGCACCAUCGGACAAUUGUUUCCCAACAAACGAGUUCGUCGGGGUGUAGGCCACAAGACUGCCGAUAUUAAAACCGGAGCACCGGCGGCAGACCUCGAUCGCAACGAAGAGCAUCCGGUCGCCCUGGCUUCUCAAACCAUGGGAUGGAAACUGAAUCCCGGAGUCUCGGUAAAUGAUACCCUGAACCUAGAUCCCAUUGCGAAAGCCUCGCGGUUCCAGACCCUCGGGGCUGUGAUGGACGACGGCAUCCGGCAGUAUCAGCGCAUGCUGCAACUGUCGCCAAAGGACCUGCGAUUGCUCAAUUGGCAUCUUGCCAACUUGGAAUAUGCGAACGCUACCAAUAUCGACCAGCUAAGUCUUUCUGGCUGGGACCAGGACAUCGGUAAUGAAUUUGAAGGCGAGCACUCGCAGGUUGUGGGUGGCUAUCAACAAGUGCCGUACGGACUGUAUGCAUGGCCGACGAGGCUUGAUGUCCGACCGAACAAGGCCGUGUCCAAGAUCACCUACGACCCGACCGGGCUCGGAAAGCAAAAGGCAGUGGUUCAGUGUGAGGACGGGGAUUCGAUCGUGGCGGACAAGGUGGUUUUCACCUGCCCGUUGGGCGUCCUCAAAGACCGCUCGAUCCAGUUCUCGCCGUCUCUUCCCUACUGGAAACUCGGUGCCAUUGAUCGGCUCGGUUUUGGCGUCAUGAACAAGGUUAUCCUGGUGUUCGAACAGCCAUUCUGGGAUACGGAGAGGGAUAUGUUUGGGCUUCUCCGCGAACCCCAGACUCGAGACAGCAUGGCGCAAGAGCACUACUCAGCAAAUCGUGGCCGAUUCUAUUUGUUCUGGAAUUGCAUGAAGACGACCGGUCUUCCCGUUCUAAUUGCACUGAUGGCCGGAGACGCGGCGCUUCAAGCAGAGUGCACGCCCGAUGCCGAAAUCAUCGCUGAAGUCACCGGCCAACUUCGCAACGUCUUCAAGCACGCUGCCGUUCCUGACCCGUUGGAGACCAUAGUUACGCGGUGGCGCUCGGACAAGUUCACUCGCGGCAGUUACUCCUACGUGGCCGCUCAAGCACUCCCUGGGGACUAUGAUUCAAUGGCCCAGCCGAUUGGAAACCUCCAUUUCGCGGGAGAAGCCACCUGUGGCACGCAUCCGGCCACAGUCCACGGCGCGUACCUGUCAGGCCUGCGAGCCGCCUCCGAGGUCAUCGACUCUCUUCUAGGACCGAUCGAGCUGCCGCAUCCGCUGGUCCCAGAGAAGGGCAAAGCGGACUUCUUCUCCGUCAACACUCCGCCGACCAGCGGCCAGAAACGCAAGCAACCAGCGCCCUCCCUCGCUAAUUUAGAACCAGCAGCUCUGCCGGCGCCCAAAUCCCCCGAAGCCGCCCUUCGAGAGGCCUACGAACAUGCCAUGUGGGCAGCCAUCCACUCUGAAAUAGGGCCCCCCGUGCCUCGACCGGCGCGAACGGUUGGCCUGAACCCCUUCCUCCUCUACCAGAAGGACUACUGGGUCCCAUGCCGCCUCCAAUGCGACGAGACGCGCCGCAAAGCGACGAACGACCCCAACGCCAAGGCCGCCCGCGACGAGAUCCGCCACGCCCUGGGACUGAUGUGGCGACAGGCCCGAGAGGAUGUGAAACGGCCGUACAUCGAACAAGCGGAGGUCAAUCAGCAGACCAACGCCGAGAUGAGCUCCCGUUGGCGGCAGAACAUGGCCGAGUGGGAGAAGAAGAUGGACCGGGUGAAGGAGCGUUGGUGUGCGGCCCAUCCGUUUGAUUUGUGGAAAUCCGCUGGGGCAGCGAAUGCGGGCAUGCUGAUGCCAAUGCUCAUCCCGCCAGCAUCAGUGCUACCAAUAUCAAUGGCACCAAUGGAUCGCAGCCACAAGAACAAGACCCUAUACCCCAAUCCACUACCAUAG